GAUAAAAAACCCGUUACUAAUAGUCGAGAUACUCAAGAACUGUUUCCUGAAGCCGGACGUGAAAUGUUAAGAAUAUUUUACAAUUAUCGCAGCCAAACAUCAAUAUUAGAUGAUUUCAAGUAUUAUGAAAAACGUCAAGUCGAAAUGGAAAAGGGUGAGGUUGUACCAACAGGUUCCGACGUAUCCUUUGAAC